GUAGAGCGGAAGUUAUGGCGCGGGGCCGAAGUCUGGCUGAUGAAGGGCGGAAGUAAGAGUACCAACUCCGCAAUCAUGGCUCAAGAGGAGGAAGAUGUUAGAGAUUACAAUUUGACGGAGGAACAGAAGGCGACCAAGGACAAGUAUCCUCCAGUCAAUCGAAAAUAUGAAUAUUUGGAUCAUACGGCUGAUGUCCAGUUACACGCAUGGGGAGACACUCUGGAGGAAGCAUUUGAACAGUGUGCCAUGGCCAUGUUUGGUUACAUGACAGAUACUGGGACUGUGGAGCCCCUCCGCACCGUGGAAGUAGAAACCCAAGGGGACGACCUGCAGUCUCUGCUGUUUCACUUUUUGGACGAGUGGCUUUACAAGUUCAGCGCUGAUGAGUACUUCAUACCCCGGGAAGUGAAAGUACUUAAUAUUGAUCAGAAAAAUUUCAAGUUACGAUCCAUUGGGUGGGGAGAAGAGUUCUCACUGUCCAAGCACCCUCAGGGAACAGAAGUCAAGGCAAUAACGUACUCAGCAAUGCAAGUCUAUAAUGAAGAGAAGCCAGAAGUGUUUGUGAUCAUCGACAUUUAAAAUACCAAAGAGGGAAAAGACUCGUGAAGAGCUGAUUUGUUUUCUUCCGUUUGAGAGGAUGUGAUGACUCAUUUUCUAUAGUAUCUAUGCUAAAUGGAAAUACGGAACUGUACAUUUAAAGUGUGGCUUUCAGAAAUGGAAAACCAGUGUGUAGCAGUGGUCUCUAGAUAAUGAAUUCCUCGGUUUUUGAGGAGCAGUCUUGUACUUGGUCAUUUGAGCAGGAGCAGCAGGUGCCUUACAUUGUUUGUUUGUUUUUUGAGUUAUGCCAUUUUUCUUUCUUUUUUUUCAAUUUUUUAUUUGGUAUUUUCUUCAUUUACAUUUCAAAUGCUAUCCCGAAAGUUCCCUGUGCCCUCCCCACUGCCCUGCUCCCCUACCCACCCACUCCCACUUCUUGGCCCUGGCGUUCCCCUAUACUGAGGCAUAUAAAGUUUGCAAGACCAAGGGGCCUCUCUUCCCAAUGAUGGCCAACUAGGCCAUCUUCUUAUACAUAUGCAGCUAGAGACACGAACUCUGUGGGUACUGGUUAGUUCAUAUUGUUGUUCCACCUAUAGGGUUGCAGAUCCCUUUAGCUCCUUGGGUACUUUCUCUAGCUCCUCCAUUGGGGGCCCUGUGGUCCAUCCAAUAGCUGACUGUGAGCAUCCACUUCUGUGUUUGCCAGGCACUGGCAUAGCCUCACAAGAGACAACUAUAUCAAGGUCCUUUCAGCAAAAUCUUGCUGGCAUAUGCAAUAGUGUCUGUGUUUGGUGGCUGAUUAUGGGAUGGAUCCCUGGGUGGGGCAGCCUCUGAAUGGUCCAUCUUUUCAUCUCAGCUCCAAACUUUGUCUCUGUAACUCCUUCCAUGGGUACUUUGUUCCCUGUUCUAAGGAGGAAUGAGGUAUCCACGCAUUGGUCUUCCUUCUAGUUGCCUUACUUUGUUCUUCCCUGGAAUGCAGGUGCUCCAGCGUGUCUCAGAAGGGACUGCCUGCUGGUGUAAGCAGCCUCCAGGGCCGAAUCCAACUUAAUGUCAUUUGAGCUGGGUAUGAUAGACAUAUUAUAUGCCUGUGAUCUCAACACUCAGGAUCCUGAAUUCAAGGCCAGCUUUGGCUAUAGAAUGAGUUAAGAGCUAGCCUGGGCAAUUGAACAUGUCCCUGUCUCAGAAAAGACAGGUGUAGAGACAAGUGUGGAGCAGAGAACAUGCUCACCAUGUAGGCUGAGGUCAUGGUUUUACAUUGCUAAGGGGCAGAGCCAUCCUCUGUUCCAGUUGGUUCUGAGUAGAACCCUCUAGAAGACUUCUUAGAAGACUCCUGAUUUUCUCUCUUCUUUUUAAGCAGCAAUACUUAAUAUUUUCUUAGGAUGAAUAUUUGACAUUAUAUCUUACAUAUAGACCUUUCUGACAUGUAAUUUUAUUUUGUUUAUCUUUUGUUUUUUUUUUUAAUUUUAUUUAUUAUUAUAGUAAGUACACUGUAGCUAUCUUCAGACACACCAGAAGAGGGAGUCAGAUCUUGUUACAGAUGGUUGUAAGCCACCAUGUGGUUGCUGGGAUUUGAACUCUGGACCUUCGGAAGAGCAGUCGGGUGCUCUUACCCACUGAGCCAUCUCACCAGCCCUCUUUUGGUUUUUUUAAGAUAAAGUUUCUCUGUAUAACAGAGCCCUGACUCUCCUGGACUCAAUUUGUAGACCAGGCUGGCCUUGAGCUCAAAGAUCUACCUGCCUCUGCCUCCUGGGUGCUAGGAUUAAAAACGUGUACCACCACACCCUCCUGAAAUUUCAUUUCUUUACUUUUUUGAGACAAGGUUCCACUGUGUAGACCAGGUUGGCCUUGAACUCAAAGUACCUGCCUCCUCCUUCUAAGUACUGGGAUUAAAGGUCUGCCCCAACAUGCUGCGGUUUUAUUAAUCCAGUCUAUGCAUCCAGUUAGAGAACAACCACCACCACCACCACCACCACCACCACCACCACCCAAAAAACCUGUUUUUAACCUAUUUAGGGUUGAAGAGAUGGCUUAGUGAUUAGCAGCUCUUGCUGAGCAAUCAGGGCGGGGGUUUGUAUCCCAGCACCUAUAUAAGAAGCUGAGUGUCUGCAUACCACUACCUCCAGCUCUGAGACAAGUGGAGAUCUUGUCCUGGCUUACUCUGGUCCACGGGUGUCUUCCUGGCUGCUCUCUCAUGGCAACCUCAUGGUGAAUCCUCCUGGUUCUUCCAGGUCUCUCUACACCUUUCUCUUGUCUCUUCCUCCCCUGCUUCCUCCCUCUGUCCCUCCUUUUCCCACACCCUCUCUUGACUCCCUCUCUCCUUGGUCUCCUCCUCUUUUAGUACCCCCAACUAUGAUCCAAAACCCUGCCCUAUUUAUUCUCUUCUCCUGCCCAGCUCUGUAUUAGCCAAUCAGAGGUGUUGGCAAACAGUUUUUACAUAACAUUAAGAUAACCGUGCCAUCAUCCUGACUGCAAAGAGGGGUCUGGGGCUCAUAGAAGUGAGCAUCUGAAAUACACAGUGCACACCCCCAUCCCUAACGCCAUCUCAGCCCUUAGACGGUCUUCUGUGACACUGAAAUGACAGAAUAGAUAGAUGCUCCAUCGCAUCCUUACUACAGCCCUUCCCCUCACGUUGUGGUUCAUUACAACUUCAUAACUUGUUACUUUGCUACUGUUACGAAUUACAAGCGAAUAUUUUUGGAGAUGGAGAUUCGCCAAAGAGAUCGAGAUCCACAGGUUGAGAACAACUGCUCUAGCAGGUAAACUGGAGGGAGUUUUGUAUAGACAACAAGAAAGCCUUGUUUGUAAAGAGGCGAUUUCAACUGCUGGUGGCACUGUGACAGACUGCUGGUGUUCAGGCAGAAGGAACUCUGUAAAACACCAUUUGGAUUCCAGGCAAGCACCUCUUCAUUCCCACAGGUAUCCAUCAUUUUCCACAGACAGAGCUCCUGUCAGCCAUUUUCCAUUCAUCCCUAGCUACAAAUGAAGUUGUAAUUGUAAGCUCACUGAUUAAACGAGGAACUGAGGAAAAA